CAGCUGGGUAUACCUACACGCAUAUACGAAUACAUGUAGUGGAAAUGGGAACGAAAAAGCUAACAAAACCUACCCUUAGAUAUUUAUUAGGAGUAUGUGUACCUUCUACUAAACAUAAUGCUGCUAAAAUACGUGUGCAACAACCAGAUUUCGAUGAACAUAUUCUAAUGUAUUUCCACAAAUAUGAUUUUGUGUAUGCUCAUGAUCCUGAGAAACGUUGCAAAACUGGUGAUACAGUUUUAAUACAAAAUUUACCAAAUCAAUUAACUCGCCUUAUUACUCACAAGGUUGUUGAUAUCGUUUUUCCACUAGGUGAUAUUACAGAUCCUAUAACAGGUAAAAAAGUUGCUGCAGGAAAAUAUAGGGAUGAUAUAGAAGAAGAUUCGAAAUUAUAUGGACCAUUAGACUCUAGAUUUAAAUAUGAUGAAUCAUCACCUAGAGGAGUUACAGAAGGCAAACGAGAUUUCACAGACAAAAAUACUUAUGUAAAAUACAAUGAAGAUCCAAAUGAUACUGACCCAUAUGCUAUAUAUCCAAAAUAAUUUAUAUGCAUUAAACUUCUCAAUAACUAAUAAAGAUCAUGUA